AUGCGCCCCUGGAAGAUGUGCGUGCUGCUCCUUGCCGUCGUGGCCGGGCUGCUCUGCAUCGGGGUGGUCGCCUCGCGCCACGCCCCCUCACAGACCAGCGAGGGCGCGGAGAUUCAGACCGCACUCGCGCCAGAAACGGUGGUGCCCACGACCUGGGCCAGCAGCACCGCGUUCGACUGCAGGAACAGCGACCAACCCGUGGCUGAGAACACUCGAGCCUGGUGUUGCAGCACCCAGGGGCUCUGGUGCGUCUACACUCAGACCUCCACGACGACCGCGGCCGCGGAGUACGACUGCAGCUGGCAGAAGGUGCAGGCAUGGUCGGACGAGAAGCGAGACUGGUGCUGCCGCCACGACAAGGCCAGUUGUGCGACGACGGUGUUGCCGCCGUCGCCGGCACCGACCCCGGCGACAGGCGGCGCGCAGCCGACAAACUCGACGGCCGCGCACCCAGGCUCGCCGUCUCCGACUGCUGCCUCCAUCCAGGAGUACGACUGCCAUGGCUCGUCGGACACGUGGUCGACAGACCAGGUGAAGUUCUGCUGCGUCUACCUAGGCGUGGGCUGCAGCGACAGCGAUGCGGCCGCGUACGGCUGGAGCGCCGAGGCGCUGGCCUCGGAGGCGCACGGCGCCCCGCAUCAGCCAGUCCAAGAAACACUCCAAGCACCAGUCACGACCGGCCAGCGGCGGCGAGGACGGCGGCGUGAACGCCAGCCGGCGCUCGACGCAGAGACGGCUGAGACGCCAGAGGCCAGCGAGGCCCAGCAGAGGCACCAGAGCUGA